AUGGCCAAGAGAUUUCAUUUGCUAGAGGAUUCUCAAACACAUGAUCAUCCUCAUAGUCAUAAGCAAAUGUGGGUGAUUCUUAUCAUUGCCAUUUUAGCUGCCUUGCUGUUGGGAUCUUCCUUCUUGUUCUUUUGCAGACGACGGAGAUGGAGCCGUAAAGGAAGUCUGAAAGCCGAGAAAUUGCAGUUGAGGCGUUUCCAAGUUGAGGAGCUUGAAAAGGCUACCAAAAACUUUAGCGCAGACUGUUUGUUGGGGUCCGGUGCAUUUGGCAAUGUCUAUAAAGGAACCUUUGAAGUUGAAGGUACAUUAGCAAUCAAGAGAGCUCAUGCUGAAUCAUACCAAAGCGUUGAAGAAUUCAGAAAUGGUAAGCAGCCUUAUGCAUUCAACACCAUAAUUGAGUUUAUUUACCGCAGCUCAAGUAGAUUGACUUGUUUUUAUUGAUUUCUUGAAACAGAAGUUAGGCUUCUUUGGAAAGUAAAUCAUCCAAAUCUUGUAGGUUUGGUAGGGUUCUGUGAAGAACCCGGUGCGUAUAUUGAGCCUCAAAUCAUUGAUUAAUUAAUCAGUUGUCUAGGGUAGUGAUAAGAACCUAAGAUUUUUUUACUUCAUUUGAAACAGGACCAAAAGGUGCAAAAAUAUUGGUUUAUGAAUACGUACCACAUGGUUCUUUGCUCGAGUAUAUCAUGGGAAGAGGUGGAAAAAACUUUACAUGGAGGCAAAGAGUGAACAUAGCCAUUGGAGCUGCUAAAGGAAUAGCUCAUUUGCAUGAUGGGAUUAAGCCAAGCAUAAUCCACCGAGAUAUUAAGCCUAGCAACAUCUUAAUUGGAGAAAGGUAUGAAGCCAAAGUCUCGGAUUUUGGACUUGUGAAAAUGGGACCUAUUGGGGAUCAAUCACAUGUUAGUAGCCAGAUCAAAGGAACACCUGGGUACCUUGAUCCUGCUUAUUGUACAAGUUUUCAUUUGAGUCCUUUUAGUGAUGUUUAUAGCUUUGGUGUAAUACUUCUGCAACUUAUUGCUGCCCGGCCGGCCGUGGAUUCUGCUAGAAGUCACCCCAAUUAUCAUAUCAUUGACUGGGCGAGGCCGAGUAUAGAGAGGGGCCACAUCGAAGAAAUCCUCGAUACUACUCUUUUAUCCAGACCUUGCAACAUUGACAUGAUGCUGACAAUGGGUGAACUUGGUUUAAGAUGUGUUGCGAAAACGCCUAAAGACCGUCCAACUAUGACUCAGGUCUGGCAAGAACUGGAAAAUACACUUUAUUCAGUCGACAAUUUGAUCAACAAACAGCCUUUGAGAAGCUCCAAACCAACCACCACCCCCACGUUUCCUGGAGCAACGGAACAAGGACAUCAUAGAUCAUUUGACCUGGAUUAUUCCCAAAGCUUUGUGAGCAUAGAUGGUGUUGGAUUUCAGAAGUUCCAUGUCGAGUUGGAUAGUGCCAGUAUUGACAUGAUAAGAAGAAUCUGA